AUCGACCACCAGGGCUUGCAAGCGCCAGACGACUCGGAUGGUCAAUCGGAAAUAGUGUACGAAAUCAAGGACCAAGCGUCAUUCCACAUCACCAGGGCAUUGUUCAUCGCCAACCUCAGGAGACCGGUCAACGCCAUCAAUUUCCAGAACUACUUGAAGGAAUUGGCGGCUGACGCUGGUGGAUUGCACGUGGAGAGGGCCUGGUUGAACCGGUCCCGAACCCACGGAAUCGUGCUUGUUGAUAGGGAGGAGGGGGCCGAGUUCAUACGGGACAAGUUGAACGGGUCGGUGUAUCCAUCGCCCGAGGAGGACGAGAAGUUGAAGGCCGAGUACGAGGCCCGUGAACAAGAGAGGUUCGAAUUGGAAUCCGUCCAGUACCAGAAAGCGUUGGACGAUGCGGAGGACGACCGUGAUAAAGACGAGUUGAAGGAGCCAGUGUCUCCCCGCGAGUUCCUGCCUGAAAGGCUCCCACUCUAUGUGGACUAUAUCCCGGUGAAAGCCAUCAACCAAUGGGUGUUUGAAGAAGAUAGGGGACCCCGCAACGGAGUGUGGAAAAUCGAUUACGAAUCAAGAGGCGAGGAAGUGAUAGCGAACCACACGCUAUUGAACGGGGACUUCAUUCCUCGCUACGACGGCAGUGGUCCUAGGCCCUACGAUGUGACGGGCCCCAGACCAUACGAUGGGACUGGGCCUAGACCCUACAACGUGGUUCCUAGCAAGGACGGGUACCAACCAAGGGAUUAUGUGGAUAGUUACAGAGGCGACUAUAAACACGACUCCUACGUUCCGGGCCAAAGAAGUAGGGAAAGACCCAGAACUGACACAUACGAGCCUCUGUACAGGGACAGGUCCCCCCAAAGAUCCAGAUCUCCA